AUGGAACAAAUAGAUGCAGGAGGAAGCACCACCGUCGCUGCGUCGACCUCUGAAGACUCGAGUUUAGAUCCGAUAGCACGAGUGAGGAAGCUCUUGUUCCGCCAGAUGCUCGUUGGAAUCAAAGACGGGAGAUUCUUCCUUGGCAGUUUCCACUGCAUUGACAAACAAGGAAACAUCAUUCUCCAAGACACCGUUGAGUAUCGCAGCAUCAGAAGAUCCUCUCCUUCCCCUACUGAACAGCGUUGUCUUGGUAUGAUCCUCAUCCCUGCCUCUUGCAGGACCUCUUGCCAUGUUGAUUGCUCUAUCGAGGAACAGCUUUCAUUGAUUCAGCUCAAAGAGUAGAGCCUUGGUUGGUCUCUUCAUUAUGGCCUUGUAUUGUAUGAUGAAUGAUUCACGUUACUUUGUGAAGAUAAAUGUAUACAUGCAUUGGAAGCCUUUUGGAGUUUUAUAUUUACAUUUAAUAGAGAAGAUGUUUGUUUUCUUUA